AUGGACGCUGAAACUUCACGUAAACCUUUGAUUCCAUCAACAAUGAACGCUAAAACUCGACGUAAAAUUGAGGAAAUGGUGAUGGAUUUACUCACAAAAGCCGAACUUGAAAAAGCCACUGAGUUCACCAUCCGACUCGCCGCUUCCGAACGACUCGGUAUCGACCUUUCCGACUCACACAGCAGAAAAUUCGUCAGAAACAUCGUCGACUCUUACCUUAUCUCCAUCGCCAAAAACAAGAAACUACCGCAAGUUUCCACCGAAGCAGUCAAUGAACCGCCGGUGGCGGGAGUGACACGCAAGAACGACGACUCUGAACUCGUUAUUUGUGAGCUAUCAUCCAAGAGGAAGGUGACUGUGGGAGAUUACGAAGGGAGGACCAUGGUGUCAAUUAGGGAGUACUAUGUCAAAGAUGGAAAACAGCUUCCCACUACUAAAGGGAUGAGUUUAUCUUCUCAACAAUGGUCAACCUUCAAGAAUAGUGUUCCUGCCAUAGAGGAAGCUAUCACAGAGCUGGAAGGAAGGUUAAGGAGAAGAUCAGGGCAUAGUGGCUGGAAAAAUGUUCCUGUUCAGCCUGUCCCUAUUGAGCCUGCCUCUAUUGAGCCUGUGCCCAUUGAGAUUGUCCCUAUCGAGAUCGUCCGUUUUGAUGGGAAGAAUUACCAAGUUUGGGCUGAACAGGUAGAAUUACUCUUGAAACAGUUGAAGAUUGAUUAUGUGCUCACUGAACCAUGCCCAAAUGCUACAUUAGGGGAAAAUGAUGCUAGUGCUGGAGAAAUAUCUAAAGCCAAAGGGAUGGGUAAACGAUGA